AUGUUGACAGCGGAGAGCUUUGAUUGGUGCCGCAACGUGGUUGUCGUCCCAGCCCUCAAGGGUCAAGAGGAAACGGAGAAGGUAAUGCCAUCCCGCGCAGUGACGUUGUUCAACGACUGGUGGCGCAACGGCGGCCUCCGAGUGUCUUGCGUGAAGAAGCAAGGCAAUCCCGGCAUUGUUCCAGUGGAGGAGACCUGGACAUGGCCAGCGCAGGGGUAUCUUUUUCCUGCGACCCGUAAAGACUCCAAAUUGAAGAGGAGAACCAAGGACUUAGGGACUUUCAAAGAGAGCUCCUCUUCGGAUGUUCUUUAG